AUGGCCUCCGAGGUGCCGUCCCAGCCCCCGUCGCCUUCGUCGUCGCCACCCACUUCUCCCGAGCCCGAACUGACCCAGCUGAGGCGAAAGGUGGAGAAGUUGGAACGCGAGUUGAGGAGCUGCAAGCGGCAGGUGCAAGAGAUCGAGAGGCUGCUGCAUCACACGGAACGGCUGUAUCAAAGCGCCGAGAGCAACAACCAGGAGCUCCGCACUCAGGUGGAAGAGCUCAGUAAAAUACUUCAUUGUGGGAGAAAUGAAGAUAAUAAAAAGUCUGAUGUAGAAGUACAAACAGAGAACCACACUCCUUGGUCAAUUUCAGAUUAUUAUUAUCAGACAUAUUAUAAAGAUGUUAAUCUUCCAAAUAAAGGAACUGAUCUCUCAGUUCAACAAGGUCAGGAUAUUGAAGCUUCUACUUUUAAUUCUGAAGACCAGUCAGAAAGAGAAAAUGAUGCUUAUGCUGGCACUGACAUAAGAGAAGAUGUUAAAUGUAGGCAAGAAGACCAUUUCCCUUCUAAUUCACAGGAAUCAGCAUCUGCAUUAGCAACAGAAAAUACAUCUUUAGAAGGUUCAUCAUUAGCUGAAAGUUUGAGGGCAGCAGCAGAAGCUGCUGUAUCCCAGACUGGAUUUACUUAUGAUGAAAAUACUGGAUUAUAUUUUGACCACAGCACUGGUUUCUACUAUGAUUCUGAAAAUCAACUAUACUAUGAUCCUUCCACUGGAAUUUAUUACUACUGUGAUGUGGAAAGUGGUCGAUACCAAUUUCAUUCUCGAGUAGAUUUGCAGCCUUAUCAGACUUCUAGCACGAAACAAAGUAAAGAUAAAAAAUUGAAGAAGAAAAGAAAGGAUCCAGAGUCUGCAACAAAUGAAGAAAAGGAUUUGAAUUUAGAAGAUCAAAAAGCAUCCAGUGUUGAACAUACAAGAUGUAGUGAGGAAGAAGAUUUUGCAAAUGUGAAAAAGAAGGCCAAAAGAGAUAUUUAUUACAAAAAUUAUUCCCCAAAAUUCACUAUACCAGUUACUGGAAACCGUAUAGAUUCUCCUUUUAGUGAAAAUACUUGUAAUUCAACUUCAUUUAAAGAUGAGAAAAUCAUAGAGACUGAUAGUGAGCCAGAAGAAGGGGAAAUUACAGACUCUCAGGCUGAGGACAGUUACGAUGAAGACAUUACCAGUGAAGAUAGUGUGAGUGCAGGAGACACUGAGGAUGAAGAUGAAGAUAAAAUUUGGCCCCCAUGUAUCAGAGUAAUUGUUAUUAGAUCACCAGUGCUGCAGAUAGGAUCACUUUUUAUCAUUACAGCUGUAAACCCUGCUACAAUUGGAAGAGAAAAAGAUAUGGAGCAUACUCUUCGAAUCCCUGAAGUUGGUGUCAGUAAGUUUCAUGCUGAAAUUCAUUUUGACCAUGACUUACAAAGUUAUGUCCUCGUCGAUCAAGGCAGUCAAAAUGGCACAAUUGUUAAUGGAAAACAGAUUCUUCAGCCUAAAACUAAAUGUGAACCAUAUGUACUUGAGCAUGGAGAUGAAGUGAAAAUUGGAGAGACUGUGUUGUCAUUUCAUAUUCACCCUGGCAGUGAUACCUGUGAUGGCUGUGAACCAGGGCAGGUUAGAGCUCACCUUCGCCUUGAUAAGAAAGAUGAAUCUUUUGUUGGUCCAACACUAAGUAAGGAGGGAAAAGAGUUGGAAAGAAGAAAAGAAUUAAAGAAAAUACGAGUAAAAUAUGGUUUACAGAAUACAGAGUAUGAAGAUGAAAAGGCAUUGAAGAAUCCAAAAUACAAAGAUAGAGCUGGGAAACGUAGAGAACAGAUAGGGAGUGAAGGAACUUUUCAAAGAGAUGAUGCUCCUGCAUCUGUUCAUUCUGAAAUUACUGAUAGCAACAAAGGUCGGAAGAUGUUGGAGAAGAUGGGUUGGAAAAAAGGAGAGGGCCUAGGAAAGGAUGGUGGAGGAAUGAAAACUCCGAUUCAGCUUCAGCUUCGGCGAACACAUGCAGGCUUGGGUACAGGGAAACCAUCCUCAAUUGAAGAUGUUCACCUUCUCCAAAACAAAAGCAAAAAGAACUGGGACAAAGCACGAGAGAGGUUUGCUGAAAACUUCCCAGAAACUAAACCUCAAAAAGAUGCACCAGGAUCCAUGCCUUGGGUAAAAGGGAGUAUAGAGUGAAGAUUAGUCAGAGAACAACAUUUUCAGGCUUUGAAAAAGAGUUUGGAAACUCUCAUUGCAGAGUUUUCCCCUCUAAAAGCAUCAUUUGCACCAGGGAAGUAUUUCAUAAUUUGCCCCCUCAGGACUCAAAAGUGUGUAAUAAACUAUGGUUUAGUUAUGUUGGUAAACUUUGCAUCUUUUAAAAAUAAUUUUUUAAAUAAAUAAAUAGUGAUUGAAUCAAGUUAUGCUAUAGUGGACUAAAGUUCACAGGACACAGAUGAGCUUAUCAUACUGUUACUUUAUUGUGUCAUUUACGUUACCCAUAUAAACAAAGAUCCAUAUAAGCAAAAUCUGUAGAGCCACUAAUGACCUAAAUGUACCUUUGUCCCGUCUCUAUAUAUUUGUUAAUUGUAAGAUGUACAACAAGAGAAACAUCAGAAGUUUAUCCAAAAAGCAGUUCUGACCAUGUGCACCCUUCUUUAUUCCCUUUAGAACAUAGAUCAAAAACACUGAGAAAAUACGAGUAGUGGUCCAUGAGUUUUAUUAUCCUUAAAGUAACCUAAGUAAUACCGUUGAAGAACUAAUGAACAGGUGACAUGUAGAAAAUUAGUGUUUUGUUUUCUUCUGUGAAGAAUCUGUUACUUGUACUCUACAUUAAGCAUUUAUUUUGGGUUUGUUUCAUAGCUAAUGACAUAUUUAGAUAUGAACAACUGAGUACAGUAUUAAAAUAUUCAGUGUGCUGGCAUUUGCAGUUUUGAUAAAUCCCAUUGCUGGCAAUGGAGUUGUGCCAGAGAAUCUGAUUGCUAGUGCAAACAGAUUACCUAACCAGGGCCUCAAACUCAAGAUAUUUAUUGCAAAUGUACUCAAAUGCAAUAAAAACAGUAU